GCACAACCGAGGGACGGUCAUAGUGAACUCUUCUGCUGCUUUCUCCUUUCUGUUUCCUUCCUUCUUCUCUAUUCCAUCUACAACUCACGCAAAGCAAUCAAUUCAAUCCAGAAUACCCCACAUCUUCAAACUCUCCAAACACGUAGCUCCAGAAACAACAACGCAACAGUCAACAUGCUUUCCAGAUCUUUCAUCGCCAGAAGAGCCUUUGUCUCUGCUCCCAUCCGUUCCUUCCAGACCGCUCCCAUCCUGAGAGUCGGCAAGGAGAGCGCUCUCAACCAGGACGGCCGCGCCGAGGAGGCCGAGAGGGUCAAGAACGAGCAGAUUAAGAAGCAGAAGCAGGGCAAGGGUGAAUGGCACGAGGAGAUCGCCUCCGACAGCGAGAGCAUCGUCAAGGCAGACAGAGGUGACAUCAGCGCCGACGCCGACACAAUCAAGCAACUGCAAAAGGAGACCGAGAAGCUCGCUUCGCAAAAGAAGUAAAUAAGCAUACUUCGAUGACC